AGCCUCGCCAUCUCAAAACCCUCGCCUUCAGAGCCUGAGGUCUUCGACCGAAUGGCACUGAUCUCGGAGGCGGAUCAGAUCUUCAACGCGCUGGACAAGGAUCACGAUGGCGUGCUCACGCGGGAGGAGUUUGAGCAGGCGAUGAGGAUGAAGUUCAUGAAGCAGUCUCAAGCCCACCAGGUGCGCAGCGUCAUGGGCGACUAUGCCUCGGAGCCUGUCGCGCCUCAGCCCGGACAGGCGGGAUGGCAGAUGCAAAUGGUUUCACCGGCGCCAACGAACCCCAAUCUGCAGCCGGUGAUGUUGCCUCCUGUAAAGCUGCCACCGGCUGUCAUGACAGCCGCCGAAUUUUACGGCUAUGGCCCUGGCGGUAACGGCGGCUGCAGCGGCAACGGCGGCUGUGGCGCCUACGGCGGCAACGGCUACGGUGGCAACGGCGGCUACGGUGGCUACGGCGGCAACGGCUAUGGCGGCUGUGGCGGCUACGGCGGCAACGCAUAUGGCGGCUGUGGCGGCUGUGGCUAUGGUCCUGGACCCAACAGCUACGGUGGCCCUCCUGGCCCCGGCGGUCGCUCUGGCAGCCCUGGCCCUGGUGGCAACUGUACAGGCACCGGGAACUUUGCCCCAGCAAACGUUCCGGCCAAUUUCUCGGCUGGCAAGGGCGCGAACUUCUCGCCCCCCAACAGCCCCAAGCGGAUGGCGACGCCGGGGCAGAUGCCCAUGGGACCCAUGCAGCCGUCGGGCGGCAUGCAGCCAUCGGGGGCUGGCCCCAUGCAGACACCGCCGAGGGGCCGAUCUCCGCCAAGGGGAUGCCAGACACCGCCCAUGGACCCGGCCGCCUAUCAGAUGCAGGUCUAUAGGCCGAACCCGAACAUGGCGGCGAUGGGUCCCAUGGCACCGAACAUGGCACCGAACAUGCCCCCAGGAGCCAACGAUGCCCAACACCGUGCUGGCGCCACCGCAAAACCCCAUGGAGCUCCUGUGGCGCAUGCAGCAAGCCCAGGGCAUGCGUUUGGAUGAUCUCCAGGGUGAUAUGGCGGACAUCAAGAAGAUGCUGUCCAUGUUGAUGGAGAAGGGCGGAAUCACCCCGGAGCAGAUGAAGGCUAUGCUUGCUGCGGCCGAGGUGCAGCGCAAGGGCGAGGAGGAAGCUUUGGGUGCUGGACCGGGUGGUCUUGGAGGC